AUGGUGGCCUGGUGCGAGAUGGUACAUGGCAGCGGUGGGCUGGGAUUUGAGAGCAUUGGUUUCAUGAGAACGCGGGUCCGUCUGGGUUGCAGGUUAGGUGUGUGCAGGCUGGUGGUUUGCGGGUUAGGCAAAACUGAACAGGCUGAGAAAUGGCAGCUAAAAGCAGGCCUCUCAGCUCUAGUCACCGGCGGAGCCUCCGGAAUCGGAAAAGCUCUGAGCCUAGCUCUGGCAGCGAAGGGAAUAUUUGUGACAGUCGUCGAUUUCUCUGAAGAAAGGGGGAAGGAAGUUGCAUCCCUUGUUCAGAAGGAGAAUGCCAAGUUCCACUCCAAUUUAGGUUUCCCGUCUGCCGUGUUUGUAAAAUGCGAUGUUUCAAAUACAGGAGAUAUAACUGCUGCGUUCGAGAAGCAUUUAGCAACAUUUGGAGGAUUGGAUAUCUGUAUAAACAGUGCAGGCAUUGGUACUGUCACACCAUUUGAUAAGGAUCAAACCAAUGGUACUCAUACCUGGAGGAAAACAAUUAACGUGAAUCUGGUGGCAGUUAUUGAUUGCACUCGCCUUGCGAUUAAAACUAUGGAAGCUUUGAAAAAGCCUGGCGUAAUUAUCAAUAUGGGUUCUUCCUCAGGUCUUUACCCAUUCUAUACUGAUCCAAUCUACUCUGGCUCCAAAGGUGGGGUUGUUCAAUUUACCAGAUCUCUUGUUCCAUACAAACGUCGAGGGAUUCGCAUCAAUGUGCUUUGUCCUGAAUUUGUUGAAACUGAGAUGGGCUCAAAGGUGAGUUCUAAAUUCAUUGAUCUAAUGGACGGUUAUGUGUCCAUGGAAAUGGUGGUAAAAGGCGCUUUUGAGCUUAUUAAUGAUGAGAGUAAAGCUGGCUCAUGCCUAUGGAUUACAAAUCGAAGAGGCAUGGAAUAUUGGCCAACUCCCGCAGAAGAAGCAAAAUACUUGGUUCGCCAUUCAAGUUUGAGGAAAAGAGCUGUGGUAGAAGCUCCUUUCAAUUUUCAACUUCCAGAAAGUUUUGAGAAAUUAGUUGUUCACACCUUGAGUCACAAUUUUCGUAAUGCUACCUCCAUAGUGCGUGCACCAUUGAGACUACCCAUUGAACCGCACAGUGUUCUUGUGAAAAUCAUAUAUGCUGGUGUCAAUGCUAGUGAUGUAAACUACAGUUCAGGACGUUAUUUCAGUGGCAAAACCAAAGAUACCGAGUCCCGUCUUCCAUUUGAUUGUGGUUUUGAGGCUGUGGGGAUAAUUGCAGCAGUAGGGGACUUUGUUACUAACUUGCAAGUUGGUACUCCUGCUGCAAUCAUGACUUUUGGAAGUUAUGCAGAAUUUACGUUGGUACCUUCAAAACACAUCCUUCCUGUGGAAAGACCAGAUCCAGAAGUUGUCGCUAUGCUUACUUCAGGACUGACUGCAUCAAUCGCUCUAGAAAAGGCGGGACAAAUGGAAUCUGGGAAAGUAGUUCUUGUCACUGCUGCUGCUGGAGGGACUGGGCAAUUUGCAGUCCAGCUUGCAAAACUUGCUGGAAAUACUGUGGUUGCAACUUGUGGAGGUGCAGAAAAGGCAAAGCAUUUGAAAGAAUUGGGGGUUGAUCGAGUCAUUGACUAUAAAGCUGAAGAUGUCAAAACUGUUCUAAGGAAGGAGUAUCCCAAAGGUGUUGAUAUUAUCUAUGAGUCUGUUGGUGGUGACAUGUUUGAUUUGUGCUUGAAUGCUCUUGCGGUCUAUGGACGACUCAUUGUGAUCGGAAUGAUUUCUCAGUAUCAAGGAGAGCAUGGGUGGAAGCCGUCAAACUAUCCUGGAAUUUGCGAAAAGAUUUUAGCGAAAAGCCAAACUGUGGCUGGUUUCUUCCUAGUGCAAUACAGUCACCUCUGGCAAGAACAUCUGGAUAAACUAGUUCAUCUUUUCUCCAAGGGAAAGCUGAAGGUUUCGUUAGACCCAAAACAGUUUCUGGGCGUCCGUUCGGCCGCAGAUGCUGUGGAGUAUCUCCAUUCCGGUAAAAGCGUAGGGAAGGUUGUCGUUUGCAUCGAUCCAUCCUUUAGGCAACAAACGUCACGAUUAUGAGCAGAUGGAUGUUGUCUUGUAGCCUCCCAGCAUAUUUUUCUUUCCUUUCCGAGCAACAAACGCUCGAGGGUGAGAAAGAAUAUUGGAGGGCACCGAUAACAUUUGCAGCUCUUGGCGAAUGAGGCUAGCCAAAGAUCAUUACAGUUCGUCUGCCAUAGAAGAUAUCACAAAAGCGGUACACAGCUCACUCCGAACAAUGUGUUGAAAAAUUUAACGGACCCAAAGAAUAAAGUGGUGGUGGUGUUGGAUGCAGUCUACCCCAUAAGAAUAUUUUUUAGAACAAAAAUAUUUUUGGUUGUGAAUUUGCCAUUCCCGAGAUCCCAACUUAUGAAGUGGAAUACCACCGUAAAAAGUUUUAUCGUGUAA